AUGAAGCAGUUUGUCACGAAAUCAACCACAGAAAAGAUAAUAAUGAAGCAGUUUGUCACGAAAUCCCUCUCUGUUUGCUCUUUGCCAACCACUCUUGAACAAAUUGCUUCCCACCAAUCCAAAGGUCUUGCAAAGGUUGUGCUAAAGAAGGGAAAGACGCAGCUCUUUAAGGAUGGCAACCCAAUGGUAUACAGUGGCGCCGUCGAUAGAAUUAUCGGUCGGCCGCCUCCUAAGACCGGCGAUAUUGUACUGCUUUCAGACGGGGCUGAGAAACCAAUAGGAUGGGGCUUGUAUAACUCUGUUUCUAUGUUCUGUGUUCGCCUCAUGCAGCUUGAACACGAAGCUAUCAGUGAUUCGCCAUGUGCAUUGAACAUGGAAAAACUGCUCGAAACAAGAAUUGACACUGCUGUUGAAUUGCGUACAAGGUUGGGUCUUCCUUCCGUCCAUACAAAUGCAUAUCGUCUAAUCAAUAGUGAGGGUGACAGAUUAUCAGGAUUGAUAGUUGAUGUCUUUGGAGAUGUAGCUGUAGUAGCGGCAUCUGCUGCUUGGGUUGAGAAGUACAAAUCAGAGAUAGAGGCUUGCAUCAGGAAAAUCAACUAUAUCAAUCAUAUAAACUGGAGGCCAUCUAUUGAUAUUUUAAAGGAAGACGGAGUUAAUGUGUCAGAUUCAAAGGAAAUCCUUUCAUCUACUUGUCCUGAAAGAACCAAGAUUAUGGAAAAUGGAAUUGUGUACACAAUUUCACUGAAAGGACAGAAGACUGGAUUCUAUGCAGAUCAGCGCGAGAGUCGUCAGUUUAUAUCAAAAAUUUCAGAUGGUCAAAGGGUUCUUGAUCUUUGUUGCUAUAGUGGUGGUUUUUCUUUAAAUGCAGCCCAUGGAGGUGCUCUAAAUGUCACUGGUGUUGACUCAUCAAUGCCAGCUCUAGAACUUGCUAAAGAAAAUGUUGUACUUAAUAACAUUGAUCCUGAAAGAAUUUCCUUUUUGAAAGAAGAUGCAACUGAAUUCAUGAAGGCUGCUCUUCUGAGAGGUGAAUCUUGGGAUAUUGUCAUCAUUGAUCCUCCUAAAUUGGCACCUUCGAAAAAGGCGCUACAUGGUGCAUCUGGUAUGUACAGAAAUUUGAAUUCAUUGGCUAUGCAACUUACAAAAAGAGGUGGUCUUCUGAUGACAUGUUCCUGUUCUGGAGCAGUUACCCAAAGUGGCAUAUUCCUGCGUAUCCUACAGGGUGCAGCAUCUAUGGCAAAGAGAAAAAUAACUGUUCUAAGAGAUGCUGGAGCUGCUUGUGAUCAUCCUAUUGAUCCAUCAUACCCAGAAGGUGCAUACCUUACCAACAUUCUGUUGAGAGUUUCAUGA